AAUAUAUUUUAAUGUCAAUGCCUGAUUUAUUCUAUCCAAAUAUUCAGAUUCCUGGUUUUACCUCAAUACAAAAUGUAUUUUCCAAUUGGAUGGCCUAAAGUUCUUAGAACUCUAGGCACAGGUUCUCAACAAAUAGUUUCAAAUCGAGAUAAAAUUCUAUUUGCAACUUUAAGUGAUGAUUGUAUUGCAGUAUGGUAUUGUAAGCCUAGUGUCCCAUUAGUUUUUCAUAAAAGAAGUUAUGAUUCAUUACAAAGAUUGGGUGUUAAUGUUGGUGUGGAAUGGAAACCAGAUUCAUCAAUGAUAUGCAUUUCAACAUCUGAAGGACAUUUGAUUCUUUACAAUAUUGAGGUACAAAGCGAUCUGACCGCUUAUCAGCAGUUCGAUCCGCCUACUGCUAGCUUACGAAGAGACUCAGCCGAACUUUUUCUUAAGGAAGUCAUACCUUCAUUGAAAAUCUCUCAGUCAAAAGAGAUUCUGGUCUGGGAUGGGCAGAUCACUCGCAUGUGCUGCAUAUCCGGUACGGAGAUACUUGUGUGUACAACAAGAGCUCACCUGCUCAGAUAUCGAUGGGACGGGACACAGAACAGGGAUUACUGCCUAGAUUUGGGACGCAUACCUUUCUCAAUUAAUCAACAGGUUUCUAAAGCGGAGCCAAUCCUAGAGGAUAACACACACGUAAACGACAUCGAAUAUUCGCCACUAGUCUGUGGAUUUGGUGUUACCUUAAACGACGGACGCGCCGCGUAUCUAACUGCACCUAACCUUAAAUUUGACCCCAACGCAGUGCAAGGUAUAUGGGCACAGGGUAUCGAUGACGCGACUUGUGUCAGAGUAAAUCAUAAAUUCAGACUUAUUGCCAUUGGAAGAAGGAACUCUCAAGUGGAUGUGUUCACGAUCGACGAAUUGACUGGUGGUCUAGAGUUAUCGCAUACCAUGGUGCUAAGUUCUAAGGACUUUCCAGGUGAUCCAGGUCCUGUCAAAUGCAUAAGAUGGACGGGAGACGGUCGCGCGGUGUCAGUGUGCUGGGAGCGCGGGGGUCUGUCUGUGUGGAGUACGUUCGGAGCGCUGCUCAUGUGCUCCCUCGGGUGGGACUACGGCUUGAGCCAGGACCUCGCCUGCCACAACCCUCUCGUGGUCACUAGCAUGGAAUGGGCUACGGAAGGUUACCAGCUAUGGAUGGUGAAGCUGGAAGAAGACACGAAAUCUAAUCUCAUUCAAAUGGACUUCGUAAAGAGUCCACUCUCUGUUAAUCCUUGUAUGGGCAAUCAAAGGCACCUCUACCUACAAGGCGAUGAUAAACUCUACGUGAACUUAGAAGACAAUUUGACUAGACGCACUAAACUCUCCAUAUUAGACUCAUCGGAUACAUACCAAGAUAACGUGCAGGACCAUACAGAUUCCACUCAGGAAUACGAGACAAGUGCUAAAUACAAGGAGUAUGUUGAUGACAACGAGUGUAGGAAGCAGUGGAUUGUUUUGCAACUACCCGCAACAUACAUCGCUAGUAAUUGGCCUCUGAGGUGCGAUUGAUGAGAGUGGCGAAAACAUGUGCGUCGCGGGACGCACUGGCCUAGCGCAGUACAGUCGCGGUGCCCGGCGGUGGAAACUGUUCGGCAACGAGGCGCACGAGAGAGACUUCGUGGUCACUGGCGGGAUGCUCU